AUGUCUUCACCCCCCGACGACAUCAACCAAGCAUUCGACCAGCUCGAUCUCGAAGAUACCACGACAGCAGCCCCCUUCCGUACCUCCCUCGCAGAACUCCAAGCCGCACCCGACCCUCGCGCCAAUUGGCGCCCCAGGAGGGGGAGGAGAGAACGCCCCCGUCUUCCACCGGCUUGGAUAGAGCAUACACCGCAGCCGCAGCCGCAGCCGCAACGCCUUGAUCUGGAAUAUGUUGAUGAUGAGACGUUGGUGAGGAUGGGGAUCCUGGAUCCGCCGCUGGGUCCGGGACAUGCAGGCUCUCAACAACCCGAGCAACCCGAGCAGGCCGAUCUACUGGGGUAUGCUGAUGAUGAGACUUUGUUUAAGAUGGGCAUUCUUUAUCCGCCGCUGGACCAGGACGAUGCAGGCCCUACGCAUGUUGAGCAGACUGAGCAAGAAAGGCAACCUAGGCAACCUCAGCAAGCUGGGCAGACUGAGCAAGCUGAACAAGUUGGGCAAGCCAAGAAGGCUAAGAAAGCUGCGAAAGGUAAGCAAGCUGAGCAAGCUGAACAAGCCGAGAAAACCGGACAACCAGAGUCCUCCACACAGGCAACCCGCCGCGGAGACAAAUCUCCAGCACGCACACGUAACUGCGUCGUCUGCCUCCAAGACAAGGACAUACUAGACACGACCCCCCUCCUCUGCGGCCACGACAUCUGCAGCGGAUGCAUGAACAACUUCUUCGAGAGGUCCCUCGUCGACGAAUCCAUUUUCCCACCGCAAUGCUGCACCAAGCCCAUCCCCCUCGACCGGGCCCGGAUCGUCCUGAAAGAGGGCCUCGUUGAGAAAUUCGAGAAGAGGAGGGUCGAGAUUGAGACUAUCAACCGUACAUACUGCCAUGUUUCUGACUGUCGCGCUUUCAUCGAUCCGGCUACCAUCGCUGGUGUUGUUGGUAUAUGUCCGGAAUGUGAGGCUACCACCUGUACGAUGUGCAAACACCCAGCCCAUAGCGGGCCUUGUCCUGAUGACCCUGAUACGAGGGCGGUGCUGGAUAUGGCGUUGAGGAAUGGCUGGAAACGCUGCUAUAAUUGCAGUUGUGUGGUAGAGCGACAGGGGGAUGGAUGUGAGCACAUGAUUUGUAUCUUGUGCCAUGUCGAUUUCUGCUAUGAUUGUGGAGAACCCUGGACGCCUGAGCACCACCGCGGUAACCACGAGGACGGCCGUGCGAUCCUUUCCGGUGCGCAUGCGUUUCCUGUUGUGACAGAGACUGCCACUGAAGCUGGAGCUUCGGGGCUUCAGGUGCCUCCUGUUGAGGAAGAGGAAGAGGAUGAUGGGUAUGAUGGAGAUGAUGAUGAUGAGGAUGCGGUGGGGGAACUGAUCGAUGUGUAUUUCGACCCGGGGGACAGCAGCCCUGAGCAUGUUGCAUCCCAGGGGAAGGUUGAUGAAUCUAAUCAGAGUCCGGAAGAUAGCGAUAGCGAUGAGGAUGUGUUUUAUGAUGCAGUUGAAUAUCAGGAUGAGGAAGAUGACAGCGAUGAGGAUGUGUUUUAUGAUGCGGUUGAAUAUAUGGAUGAGGAAGGGAAUGAGGAAGAGAGCGAGAAGGAGGAGGAGGAAGAGAAGGAGAAAGAGAGCGACGACGAAGAGACGGAAGAAAUCAACGAGGAUCCAAUCGGCGAACCAGUCGGGGAGCCAGUGCUUGAACCAGGCGAUGACCGGUUCGAAUCAGAAGGCGACGCAGACAGCGAGGCAGAGAGCGAGGCAGAAAGCGAAGCAGAACAGAUAUCUGACAACGACGAGACCGCGCAGAAGGUCCUGGAUGGGCUUGGGUACAAUUGCGGGCACAACGGGUGGAGGGACGCUCACAGCCGUGGUCGGUGCGGCGACUGCACGAAGGAACUGCGUGGCUAUGGCUGGAAAUGCCUACAGUGCGGGCUUGUGGUGUGUUCGACGUGUAGGAUAUUCUUUGCGCGCGAUGCAGUGCGUCGUGUCAGGUAG